AUGGCUUCUUUUUUCUGUAAAACUCUUGUUUUUUUCUUCUUGGGGUUUGUUGAACUAGGAAAUGCAAGAUAUAUUAGUGAUUUUCAGUGGAAACAGCAAAAGGUAAACUACAGAACAGUGUAUGUGGAUCCAUCAGUACAUGGCCAGUUCAAAACUAUCCAAUCAGCCAUUGAUUCUGUCCCUCAAAAUAACCAGAAUUGGAUUUGUAUUAACAUCAAAUCUGGACAAUAUAGGGAACAAGUGAAAAUCCCUAGAGAAAAGCCAUAUAUUUAUCUUAAAGGAGGAGAUCAAGGAAAAACAAGUGUGACUUGGAAUGCUCAUGACUCAAUUGCUACAGAUGCUACUUUCACUUCAGAAGCUGAUAAUACAAUUGUGGAAAGCAUAACUUUUAUAAAUUCUUACAAUUAUCCUCCGAAACGCAACAAUAAUCCGAGGGUGGUGGCGGUGGCGGCGAUGAUUUCCGGCGACAAGUCGGUGUUUUAUAGGUGUGAAUUUCUUGGAUUACAAGACACAUUAUGGGAUGUUCAAGGAAGACAUUAUUUCAAGCUUUGCACCAUUGAAGGAGCUGUUGAUUUCAUCUUUGGUAAUGGUCAAUCACUUUAUGAGAGUUGUACUAUAUCAGUAAAUGCAAGAGCUUUAGAUGGAUUGGCAGGGUUUAUAACAGCACAAGGAAGAUCAAACCCUAAAGAUGUAAGUGGUUUUGUGUUUAAAAAUUGUAAUGUUAUAGGAAGUGGACAAACAUUCUUGGGCAGGCCAUGGAGAGAAUAUGCAAGAGUUAUAUUCUAUGAUUGCAAUAUGUCAAAUGUCAUCACUCCUGAGGGUUGGACUGCUGGAGUUUUUGUUGGCAAAGAGUAA